AGUUUGUUUUUAUUUUGUGUACAGGAAGUUGCUGAGAAAAUGCCUUCUUUCUGUGCUAUUCCCAGUUGUGUGGACAAAUAUUCUCACAGUGCUGACAUAUCAUUUCAUAAGUUUCCGCGGAAAGAUCGGGCCUUGCUGGAGAAAUGGAAGGCUUUUGUUGUCCAGGAGAGAGGGAGUGAUUGGAAACCAUCUAGAUGGACAUCAAUCUGCAGUCGUCACUUUGCACAAACAGAUUUCAAGCAACACUGUGGCCGGAGGAGUCUCAAAAGCCGAGCAAUUCCAUCACAGCUGAAUCCCAGGGAUGACAAAGAGGCUGUUUUUCAGGAAAUCAGGGAGAAAACUCCAGAAAAAGAACCAGAAAAGCAAUUUUGUCAUCUCUGUGGAUGCCAAUGGGAGGGAAAAGAAAAUUCUAGUGGUGAUGGAAAUGUCUCUGAGUGGAUAGCAAAGUGUUUUCCUACAAUUUCCUUCAGUACAUCGCCAAUUUCUCCAUGCUGGAGCUGCUUUUCCCUGUUGAAAUCCUUCGCAGCCUUUGUGGAUAUGGUGACGAGGUGUCAGAGUGAGAAAUUGAAAAUUUCCCAGGAUAAACUGUCUCCGGAAAAGCAGGUAAAACCAGUAAAAAUCAAACAGGAAGUAACUGUGAAGGAAGAAGUCAAUUCACAUCCAACAAUUGAAGUCCGAGAGGCUACAUUUGAUUCCAUCCCUGAGGAAAUACCCAACCAGUCAAGUGAGAAAACAUUCUGUGAACAGUAUCUCGAUGAUAUCUUCAACUAUGAUCAAUCGGAUGAGCCGGAAAAUUGCGAAAUAUUGGAGAUCAAUGAUCUCGAGAAGGUUUUUAUUGAUAUUGCUGAAGAAACGUCCGAUACUGAAGUGAAAAUUCCACCGAAAAAUCGUAUUGAGAUCAUUAGUUCGAUUUCUGUGAAGAGUGAACUGAAACCUGAAAAUUGGAUCACGGAUUUUGGGGCUUUUUCCAUCCCUUCUGAUCAUACUUAUGCAAAAUCCCCGCUGGAAACUUGCAAAAUGGAAAAAUUGGAGGGCAUUCCGGGUGAGAAAACUGUCAAUUCAACUCCGCGAAUUAAUAUAAUUAAAAAUCUACUGAUACCUCAUAAAUGUGACAAGUGCCAGGAUCACUUUGAGACUCCAGCUGCGCUGAGUGAUCACAAAAUGGACAAACACUCGGGGAAAGUGUCCAAAUGUUCAGUUUGUGGAGAGAUUUUUGAGAAUUUGAGGGAAUAUUUGGUUCACAAGAUCAAAAUUCACAGAAUCGAUGGGAAGAAAGCCAGUAGAAGAGUAAAAUGUCGUGAUUGUGGUCAGGAUUUUCCCAGUAAACUCCCUCACAAUCAUCAUCAGAGAUUCCUCUGUGAACGAAGGAAGGGAUUGAGUUUUUCUUGCUCCAAAUGUCCACUGGAAUUCCCCAAACUCCUUGAAUUGCGUAAACACAUCCUGGAGAGUCAUCCAAGAGCCCCAGGGCGAUAUUCCCAGGAAAGCAACCCCAAGAGGAUCCAUAGGAUCCGGGAAGAUGGAAGGUAUUCCUGCGAAAUUUGUGGCAGAACAUUCGGCAGGACUAGCAAUCUCCUUCGCCAUGAACGUCUCCAUCGGCCUCAGAAAGAAUGGGAUCAACGAUGUAGAAAUUGUGGUGAUAUCUUUGACAAAUCCCACGAUCUGAGACGCCAUGUGAAAAUGUCCAAGAACUGCAUAAAAUCGAGUCCGCUGAAGAAUCUUCUGCAAUUUAUGUGUUCAGUCUGUGGAAGGCAGUUUUCAUCGCAAAAUGGCCUCAAGCUUCAUGAAUCCUCCCAUCAGGUACGUUCAGUGAAGCCUUGCAUCUGUGAGACAUGUGGCAAAAGCUUUCCAAGGGCCAAUCUUCUGUGGCAGCACAAAGUUUCUCACACGGACAUCCGAAGUUUCCAGUGCAAACUCUGCCCUAAAGUAUUUAAACGCUCAAAUGGACUUCAGCAGCAUAUCCGGGGAUAUCACUUGAAAUUGAAGCCUCAUGAGUGCCCAGUCUGUCUGAGGAAAUACGCCCUCAAAGCUGAUAUGAAGAGAUGUAGGCAUUCCUGGCUUAGAAUUGAAUGCAGCAGAGCAACCAGCAGCAUGAUCUCGGCGGAUGUCAUUUGA